AUGCGUGUAAGUGAUGAAGCAUGCGAUUUAAUUCCUUUUUUUGGCUACCAAAGGUGUUGCAACUUUGAUGCCUUUGACGAAAUUUCUUCUGAUCCAAACGUAACUCGGUGUGAAGAUGGCGAGCUUCAUCUCUUAGAGGCUGCCAUGCGUGGUUCUGAAAGGGCAAUGCACAUCAUCCUCAUCCACGGGGCAUCAGUUACUGUUACUGAUGCACUGGGCAAUACGGCGCUUCAUUGGGCAGCAAUUACAGGCAACGUAUAUUGUGUGCAUCUUCUCCUUCAGUAUAGAAUCCCCAAGGAUAGCUUCAAUUCCUCUCAAUUUACGGCCCUAAUGCGUGCUGUUUACCUCGGAAAUAUUAAUGUUGUGAGAUAUCCGAUCUGGCGAGGUGCGUCCACGACGCCCGAAUUGAACCACCGCACUGAAUCGGCCCUCACUUUUGUCUCUCUUAUGCCCAUGGGGCAGCUUCUCCAUGCAGCAAUUUGUGGUGGUAACGAGUCAAUCGUUUGUCUUCUUCUUUAUCGAGGGGCAAAUGUUGAAGACGUUGAUCAGCAUGGCUACACUCCACUUAUGGUCGCUACGAGAAGACGAAAUGUAGAUAUGGUUAGAGCUCUCAUAACUGCAGGAGCAGACAUAAGUGCCGUGCUCAGGGUAACUAAUGAAACCGCUUUUUCUCUGGCUCAAAAACGGGGCUAUACUGAAAUUUCUCCCAUUCUACUGGAAUGUCCUGCCAUCAGAAUUUUGUAG